CUUCUUCUUCUUCUUCUUCCUCCUCUUCUUCUGCCCUUCUUCUUCCUCCCCCCCCGCCCCCGCCGUCGUCAUGGAGACGCCUUGGGCGAGCAUCAACGCGGAGCGGGGCUGGUCCUCGGCGACGCCGCCCCAGGACCCCCCCGAGGACGACGACGAGGCGACCACCGGCAGCAGCACCCCCUUGCUGGCCGGCCUAAGCGGAUAUCAGCAUCGACGCUCUCCGAGCACUUCCUUUGGCCUGUCCGUGUUCAACCUAAUGAAUGCCAUCAUGGGAAGCGGCAUUCUCGGCUUGUCCUACGUCAUGGCCAACACGGGCGUCGUGGGAUUUGGACUCUUGUUGCUGCUAGUCGCCAUUCUGGCUUCCUACUCAGUCCACCUCCUGCUCAGCAUGUGCAUUCAGACUGCCGUCACGUCCUAUGAAGACCUUGGCCUCUUUGCUUUUGGAUCACCUGGAAAGGUGAUUGUGGCGAGCUCGAUAAUAAUCCAGAAUAUUGGAGCCAUGUCAACGUACCUCUUAAUUAUUAAGACCGAGCUGCCUGGCGCUAUUGCGGAAUUCUUAGCGGGAGACCACGCUGGGUCUUGGUACCUCGACGGAAGAACCCUGCUGAUAAUCAUAUCCGUCUGCAUUGUUUUCCCCCUCGCAGUGCUCCCCAAAAUCGGCUUUCUGGGCUACACAAGUAGUCUGUCAUUUUUCUUAAUGGUAUUCUUUGCUGUUGUGGUGAUAAUAAAAAAGUGGGCCAUCCCCUGCCCCUUGCCACCGAACGUUGCCGGAGAAUUCUUCCAGAUCGCAAAUGCCGUAGAUGAGUGUAAGCCGAAACUCUUUCAUUUCUCCAAAGAGAGUGCCUAUGCCCUUCCGACCAUGACCUUUUCGUUUCUCUGCCACACUUCAAUACUGCCCAUCUACUGUGAGCUUCGGAGCCCGUCUAAGAGCAGGAUGCAGAAUGUCACCAACACCGGGAUCGCGCUGAGCUUUCUGGUGUAUUUCACCUCAGCCCUGUUUGGCUACCUCACUUUUUACGACAAAGUGGAGUCAGAAUUGCUCCAGAGUUAUAGCAGAUAUUUGCCUCACGACGUUGUUGUCAUGACAGUGAAGUUAUGCAUACUAUUUGCCGUGCUUUUGACAGUACCUCUAAUCCACUUCCCUGCCCGGAAGGCUUUGACGAUGGUGUUUUUCACUCACCUCCCCUUCUCGUGGAUACGCCACGUCCUCAUCACCCUCGCGCUCAACGCUACCGUCGUCUUACUCGCACUGUACGUGCCCGACAUCAGGAACGUGUUCGGUGCCGUCGGCGCCACUACGUCGACCUGCCUGCUCUUCGUGUACCCGGGACUCUUUUAUCUGAAACUAAGCCGAGAAGAUUUUCUGUCCGGGAAGAAGCUUGGGUUACAGCUAUUCAUAGGCGGCAGAGCAGGAGUCCAGUACAGCGUUCCACGUGCAGCCGGCGUCCAGGACAGCAUUCUGCGAACGGCAGGCAUCCAGGACGGCAUUCCGCAAACAACAGGUGUCCAGGUCGGCGUUCCGCGACCAACACGCGUCCGUGACAGCGCUCGGCGGACAAGAGGCUCUCAAAAAAUACCGAUGAGGAUGAUGGUGAAGAAGGACCUGGUUACCUUUUGCACUGACCAGGUUGGUGAGUGUGGAAGGGAGGGUGUUGAGCUGGUGGGCCGUGGUUAGGGAGCCGAGGACAACGAUCGGGCAACGGAAGGCAGUGAUUGGGUAGCAAGCGAGGGACAGUGCUUGGACGGUCAGUCAGUCAUAUCUAUUGAGCGCUUACUGUGUGCAGAGCGCUGUACUGAGCACUUCGGCUGGGAAUUGAGCGAGGCCCCCUGGAGAAGCUGGGAUCUCGGGAGUCUGUGAAGCGGGGAAACUGCUGUGGUCUGGCAGAUUUGAAGAGGGGCGGAGGGAGUUCCAGGCCAGAAGAGGGGCGGGAGCGAGGGGUCCACUAAGGUCCCGACCCCUGAAGAGAAAGCGCUCCCUGACUUGGACGCCGAUCCCUGCGGCAAUUUUAUUUAUGUCGGAAAUCAUGAGAGAUGACGUGCAGUCACAUUCGGGCUUGUAACCCAAUCGCUUGCUCCGGGACGUCCUGCUAAGAUUUAUGUGGAGACAGAGGGGCCUGAAACACUUUUGUUCAAGCAGAGAAAGGAACGCAAACUGGCUGCUGCCGAUGGGAAUCUCGCUUGCGUGUGGCAUUGUAAACGGGGUCAUUUAAUAAUGUUGGUAUUUGUUAAAGCGCUUACUAUGUGCCGAGCACUGUUCUAAGCGCUGGG